AUGUGCUCCACUGGAUGUUGCUCUACUGGAUGCUGCUCUGUCGUGAAGAGCAAGACGGUUUGUUGCAGCCAGCCCUGCGCAAAGACCAUCUGCUGUGACCCGUGCCAGCAGUCCUGCUGCUGUGACCCGUGCCAGCAGUCCUGUUGUGACCCAUGCCAGAAGCCUUGCUGUGACCCAUGCCAGCAGUCCUGCUGCAACCCAUGCCAACAGUCCUCCUGCUGUGACCCGUGCCAGCAGUCCUGCUGCAACCCAUGCCAACAGUCCUCCUGCUGUGACCCGUGCCAGCAGUCCUGCUGCAACCCAUGCCAACAAUCCUCCUGCUGUGACCCGUGCCAGCAGUCCUGUUGUGACCCAUGCCAGAAGCCCUGCUGUGACCCGUGCCAGCAGUCUGUCUGCUGUGACCCGUGCCAGCAGUCCUGUUGUGACCCGUGCCAGAAGCCCUGCUGUGACCCAUGCCAGCAGUCCUGCUGCAACCCAUGCCAGCAGUCCUCCUGCUGUGACCCGUGCCAGCAGUCUGUCUGCUGUGACCCAUGCCAGCAGUCCUGCUGCAACCCGUGCCAGCAGUCCUCCUGCUGUGACCCGUGCCAGCAGUCUGUCUGCUGUGACCCGUGCCAGAGGCCCUGCUGCAACCCGUGCCCCCCAGUCUGCUGCACCAAGGUGUGCCAGAAGUCCUGCUGUGGCUGCAGCCCCCGGAUCUGCUGCAGCUGCGGCUGCCGGCCCUGCUGCUGCUGCUCCUACGUGGUGAAGCCUGUCAUGGUGUGUUGCCCCCCUGUGCAGUGCUGCCCCGCCCCGAGGAAGUGCUGCAUCCCCAUCCAGCAGUGCCGUGCUGCCAUCAAGAAGACUUGCUGA